AUGACAAUUCACGCAUUGUUAAGGAGCUCGCACUGGUGGGAAGGUCCCAAUUGGCUCAAGGACGGAGAGUCUCAGUGGCCAAAAUUUGAUGCUCCGUCCCGGACGGAAGAAUCGAACAUGGAAGCCUGCAGUAACUCUUCGCAGGUGAUGCACGUCACUCUCGAAAAAGUAGAGCCCCUAAUGGAUAUCCAGGACUUUAGCAGCCACGUGAAACUACUACGAGUUACCGCUUGGGCUAGGCGGUUUAUUGACAGAUGCAAGAAGGCAGCCCAAUCGUCCGCACCGUGGAUUACCGCCGAGGAAAUCAAUGCAGCCGAUGAGUACUGGAUAAAGGUUGCUCAACAAGAGAGCUUCCCUCACAAGGUGCAGGAACUGAAACGUGGCUGCGCCAUUCCGAAGGCUUCCAAGAUUGGCAAGUUGCAAACCUACAUGGACAAGUAUGGGAUCAUGAGAUUAAAGGGACGCCUGGAAUUUUCACCAGAAACAGAGACUGUAAAGCACCCAAUAAUUUUAGACAAACGUCAUAGGCUGUCUAACCUGAUCGUUAACAGCGCACAUCGGCGGACCCAGCACGGCGGUGUCCAGGCCACUAUGAACGACGUUCGCGAAAGGUGGUGGGUUACGCAAGCUCGACAACUAACGAAAAGUGUACUCGCAAGGUGCGGUACGUGUCGACGUUUUCGAGCGCAGGCAGCGACGUCUCCGACGGCACCGCUGCCACCGGACCGAGUACAUCAAGGCCACCCCUUUGAAACAGUGGGCAUCGACUUCGCCGGGCCACUGUACGUCUCGAGCAAGAAAAACUCCGACAAAUCGUACGUCGCAUUAUUCACUUGUGCGACGUCAAGGGCAUUGCACUUGGAACUAGUGUCGGACCUCACCGUAGACUCCUUCCUGCUAGCUAUGCGCCGUUUUAUCGCUCGUCGCGGGACCCCAUCCACUAUUUACUCCGAUAACGCGCUCACGUUUAAACGCGCCGAAAAGGAGUUCACAGCACUCUGGUCUGUCCUGCGACACGACAGAACACAAUGGUAUCUAUCCUCAAGACAGAUUCGGUGGAAGUUCAUCCCAGAGAAAGCGGCAUGGUGA